CACGCCACCAUACCUGGCUAAUUUUUAAAUUUUUUGUCAAGACGGGGUCUUGCUAUGUUGCUGGAUUGGUCUCUUAAUUCAUGGCUUCAAAUGAUCUUCCUGCUUCAAUCUCCCAGAGUGCUAGGAUUGCAGGUGUGAGUCAUUGUGCUGGCCUCAUGUUUGUUUUUUAAGUGUCAUUCAUUGCUCCAGUCUGGCCUAGUUGCUCUUCAUAUCUUGUAUAUGACUGUCAUCUUUAGAAUUUUAUUCACCAUUGUGGGGAUUUCCUUCACUCAUCUUCUAGGAUCUUUGUUUUCCAUAUGCCAUGUCUUUUUAUUGGCUUAUUUUGUCUUUGUGGGGAGGGGACCACAUUCUCUGGUGGCUUUGAGAAAGGGUGCAUGGGAGGUAUAUUUUUUUAAAACCAUAUAGGUUUGAAAAAUGUCAUUUUCUAUUUUAUGCUUGAUUGAUAGUUUGGCUGGGUAUAGAAUCUAGUUUAAAAUUAUUUUCCUUUACAAUUUUAAAGGCACUGUUCUGUUAUCUUCUUGCUUUUAUUAGUAUUACUGAGAAAUCUGAUGUCAUUCUUAUUUCUGAUUUCCCCUCUCAGUGGAAGCUCAUAGACUCUAUUAAUCUCUAGUGUUCUGAAAUUUCAUUGUAACAUGUAUUGGUGUAGAUCUGAUUACUAUUGUCUGUUGACUUUCAUUGGCUCUUUUGGUCUGGCAACUCUUGUUUUUCUAUUCUGGAAAGUUUUCUUACAUGAUUUCAUUGGUGAAGUCCUUCUUUUGCUAUUCUGUUAUUCCAAUUUGAAUUUCUGGAUAGAUACUCCAAUUAUAUUUUUCCUCCUAUAUAAGAUUUUGUCUUUUUGCUAAAGUAGAUUUCAUCAACUUUUAUCAUCCAGUUCUUCUGAAAUUGAAUUUUUUAUUUUUCCUAUCAUGUUCUUAAUUUCUGUUUUUAAUUUCUUGUCUAUAGUAUUCUGUUUUUGAUUCAAGAAUGCAGUAUCUUUUCUGUGUCAAUUAAUUUCUUUGAAAGUUUUCUUACUCCUGCAUAGUCUACUGCUUUGUGUAGUUUAUGGGGUGGGCAGGUUUGUCUUUGUCUUUUAUGUUAGACUUUUCUCAGUUGCCUUGGCUCACUGCAUAUUGUGAUUUGGAAGAUUAAAAAGUUGAUUGAAAUAUCUAAAUUUGGCAGUGUUGAACUUCCCUAUAGGCUGCUCUGGGUGGGCCAUUCUGGGGGAGCUCCCCACAAAACCUUAGGUUUUGUGUCUACAGUAUCUGAGUAUCUUCUAUUUUCACAUGUAGAGAAUAAGAGUCUGUUCUGGUUCUGAAAGAUUAAUGAAGGAAGAGGACUAGGUAAUCUCUGCAGUCAGCACUGAGUCCCUCUCUUUUUGGUAUAAUACUUUAGGCUUUUGCUAGGGUUGGGGAGAACAGAUAUUUACUGUAAUAUGUUUGGUAAGGUCAUCUAGAGUAUUUUACUGCUUUCCAAACAGCUUUCACUAGUAUUCUUUUCUUUUAGCCACAGUGUCUUACUCUUUGCUCCCUUUGCCCCAAUUUCCAAAGGUAUGUUGGUUCUUUUAAUUCCCAUGUCUUUUGAGGUUUCUUCCAUGUAAAACAGAUUGGUUCUUAACUUGUCACCAUUGCACCUUGGAAUAGGGUGUCUUAGGGACUAAGUUAGGUACCUCAGGUUCUUCUUGGUUUCCAGCUUCCCAGCUUACUUUGUAGCUAUUGUCUCUUACUUUUCUUUCUGUUUUUUAGGAUUUAUGCCUAAAAAAAUCCCCUUUAUUGGAGUUUUACUGGGAUUUGAGGGAGUGAAAUCAGCUGUUUUCAUUUCAUCAUCUUAACAUUCUUGUAAUGUGCCUUUUUCUUUAAAAAAUGUGUUAAUAAUAACAUAAUUAAAGCAUCUUAACUUAAAAAAGUGAAAUGUGUAUUUACUUCCUACCAAAUACAGCAAAACGUUUAAGUUCUAUGGGAUUUUCAUAUGCAAAGUUUUCAAAUAGUGUGAUAUAUAAAAAAUGUAGCAGUUGACUAGAGUUAAUUCUCUUCUAGGUUUUUUUUUUCCAUUGCUACUUGUGACUCCUGGAAAAUGAUUAUUCUCUGAUCAUAAAAAUUACAGAUUGUAGCACUCCUAUUUUAGAUGGUCAUUGUAAGAGUGAAAUGAAAACUUUUGUGAAAAUGCUAGUUUUUAUGUAGGAAGAGAUUAAACAUUGGAUAGUCAUGAAAAUGUUUAUCUAACAUUAGAAAUCAUUUCUGUGCAUGCUGAGAACCAGGUGAAAAGAAAAAGAAAAGAAAUUGUUUCCAAAUAUGUAUACUUUUACAAAUAAAUGAUUAUUGGGUCCAUUACAGAUGACCCUUUCAAAAACAAAUUUUUUCCAAGAUAAUCUGUGACAUUAUACAGUCAAGCUGCAUCCUACUUUCUUAGUAAUAUUAAUAAAAUUUAAAGCUAAAUAUAAUUAUGUUCUAUAGUUUCCUAUAGAAUGGCUAGUCUAAGCACAUAGUAGCUCCUGUGUAGUGCCUAUAAAAACAUUCUAAAAACUGAAAAUGCCAUAAAAAAGAUACUUUUUUUCCAUUUUUAAUUCUGAAGUGCAGAUUUCUUUUAAGCCAAGACUAAAAACUUUAUUGACUUGGUAGUUGACUACUUCUUCCUAGAAAAUAAGAGUUGAGAUCCUAAAAAUGAAGGUUCUUAAAGAUGUAGAAUUUUAUGAGAUUUUUGUGCUAGAAACAAAAACACUGGGAAUUAAUUUCAGCACACCAUCUAUUGAGCAAAUGUUGUGUUUCAUGUUAUGGAAGAGAGUGAAAAUGAAUUAAGAUAAAGACAUAAGUAAUGAAAUAUGGUGAGUAUAAUGAUGAUAUGCAUAAAAGGUCUUGAGAGACCAAUUACAUCUGAUUUGGAAAUGGGCAUAGUAAGGAGAAAGGAGAGUAAGGAAAGGAUUGUCAGUGAUUAAGGUAGUGUAGGUUGAAUCAUGAGUAGGAUUAUCAGGUGAAAUAGGAUAGUUUCCAUGGGACAUAGAGUGAAGGAUGUUGGCAGUGGCACCAGUUAUCUGAAUAGUAGAGCAAUCAUUUUUCUUUCCUAAACUAUUUUAUCAGACACAGAAACAGAGCCAAUGUGUGAAGGGGUGGAUAAAGCUCUGUGGGCUGGGGCUAAGUGUAAUCGGUGUUGUAUUUCAGCUCUUACCAGUUUUAUAAAGUUACUUAACCUCAACUCAGCCUGUUUCCUCUAUCACAAAUUGGGGAAAAAACUUCACCUUUAGGGUUAGUGUGAAAAUUAAUUGAAAUGUAUGUAAAACUUACCUGAAGGCUUGAUACAUAUUAAUGUACCUUUCUACUCCUUUGUCUUCCAAAGCAUCUUGCAUGUGGUGGGCAGUUGGCAUAUUUAUUAAUUUGACUUACCUGCGUUGAUAUAGUAGAGAAAAUUUAGCAGAUUGUUAGUAAGAUAAUUGUAGUAGCUGGAGGAGGAAGGGUACAAUGAUGGAAUCUAAAUUAGGUGAAAAGUAGCGCUUAUAGCCACUAUAGGUUGAGUAUCCUUUAUCUGAAAUGCUUGGGACCAGAAGUGUUCAUGAUUUUAGAUAUUUUUGCAGAAUUGAUAAUGUUUGAGCAUCUCUAAUCUGAAAAUCUGAAGUCCAGAGUGCUCCAACAUUCAAAAUUUUUUAAGUGCCAACAUGAUGUUCAAAGCAAAUGCUUGUGGGAGCGUUAUGGAUUUUCAGAUUAGGGAUGCUCAACUGUAGCCAUCAGCUUUCCCUUGUUAGACUAAGUUUAGACUAAGAAAAAAGUAGCCAGGAUUUACUUUGGAAAGGUAUUGGGCAAGACAAGGGAGGAAGCUUGAAAGGGGGGGGGUAUCAUCUAUUUGAGGGUGUGUUACAUAAUUUAAGUCUUUGUAGACCAGACUUCCAAAAAAAUCUGCUUCCAGAAUGUUAGAAGCUGUUCAUCAGGCAGCUCUGAGGGUUUUGGCUAUUUGUGCAACCUCCCUCCCCCAGCAGUUAAACUUAGAUUCCAGGGCUACAGCAAUGUCUUUCCUGUUCCAGUCUUUCCCAGUUUGCCAAAUCUUGCUUUUAAUGAAUAGCCUUUGCUUGAGACACCCUCAGAAAAUCAGUUAUAUUUUUGAAGAAUUAAUAUGGCUUGAAUCAAGUAUAACUUUUUUUUCUGAUGCAGUACUUAAAGCAGUUAUUACAUUAUCCAGUUUGCCUCAUGGAAAAUAAAUAAGGACCUUUUAAAGAUGAGUAAUUUUAAAAAACCCUUUUAUUAGGAAAGUUUCAAAUAUGUAUAGAAAUAGAAUGACAUAAUGGAUCCUCUGUGUCCAUUGCUUGGCUUGAACCAUUAUCAAAUCAUAGGGCCAAUCUCCUUUUAGCUAUAUCCCUACUACCCCCAUAUACCCUUGAAAAAGUUUUAAUAAAUACCUAUAUUUAGCGAUAGACAAGCCAGCACAGAGUAGCUAAAUUUUAGGAUGGUAGACUGAGGAAGAUAGAAGGAAAAUGUGGAUUCCAUCACUGACAUUCUUUCUGUGCUUUUGCCCUUGCUUUCUCUUGAUGGCUAUGUUACUGCCAAGCCAAAUUUGUUGAAUCUCUUUUAAAUUUGUCUUGUUAAUGUACUCAAUUUUAGGCUGGAUUUUACUCUUUUGUGCUCCCUACUUUUUUCAAGUGUCUACAUUCUUUGUUUUUAUUCGCGUUUCACUUGUAUCAAAAUGUUAGGAGGUCUAUGUCAGGGCAUGAAGUGUAAUUUGCCCUGAGACCAAACACUCACCUGGGGAUAUGAAUGUUUGUGACCAUAUGUAUGUACUAAGAAAGAGAAGGGGGUGUUUUUAUCUUUAUGAUAAAUUACUCAAAAUAAGCUUUGUUGCCAUACUAGUUGCAAAGACUCCAUUGUCAAUAUUCAGAAAUUUGAUUAUAGGCUUUGACCAUUCUGCUAGAUUUGAGCACUUUGGGGUUUAGAUUCUGUGGAGAAAAUCUUUGGCUGUAUCUAUAAAUUGAAAUUAACUUGAUCAAAUGACUCUCAAGAUUUAAGCUUAACUUUCAAGAAUUAUAAAAUUGAAAUUCUUUUCAUGAUAAAAGUACUAUAAAAGGUAAAAAAAAAAGGCCUUGAGCAGGGUUUAACAUUUUUUUUCUGGACUGAAAUGGAGGCUUUCUUUCAGGCGAAUUCCCUGAUGUUUGCUCUGUGUGAUUUGGCUCUAUCUCUGUAACUGCUAAUAUGUGGCAUGGACUUAAAGUUGUCUGGGAUCUGGCUGUGCCUAAAGUCUGUAUUGCAAGUCCGGAUUCACAGGCAUUAUGUUACAAAACUGGCUUGCUGUCUUCCGAUUUCUUUUUCAGUGUCCUGAGUAGCUGCAUUGUUUGUUGCAGUAUAUGCAUUAGCUGUUGUCUGUGUUCAGUUUCCUGCAGGCUGACAAAAUGGGGGAGGGAGGGCUUUGAUACAUAGCUGAGUUUUCACUGUGUGAGUUCUUGAGUGCACAUUGCAGCCAUUUUAAUUACACUUUUGUGCAACUGAGACUGUGCAGCUGUCUCAAAAUGGCUGCUAACCUGGUCUUUGUAGCUGCUUAGGCAGCAAAUAUGCCAGUGAGGAGCCUUGUCACAUGCAUCAGGACCAGAGAUUCACAAUGGACAGUAUAGAAGAACCUCAGAAAAAAGUCUUUAAAGCUCGAAAAACGAUGAGAGUGAGUGAUCGUCAACAACUUGAAGUGGUAUACAAGGUCAAAGAAGAACUUAUGAAAACUGAUGUCAAGCUGUUAAAUGGCAACCAUGAAAAUGGAGAUUUGGACCCAACCUCACCUUUGGAAAAUAUGGAUUAUAUUAAAGACAAGGAAGAAGUAAAUGGCAUUGAAGAGAUUUGUUUUGACCCUGAAGAAGGUAAAACAGAAUGGAAAGAAACACCCUGUAUCCUAAAUGUUAAUAUAAAAAACAAGCAGGAUGAUGAUUCAAAUUGUGAACCUUUGUCUCCUAAUAACAUAACUCCUGAACCAGUCUCUAAAACGACUGCUGACCCAGCUUCUGGAGAUCUAGCCCCUGUUGAUCUGACUGUUGGAGUUCUAGCUUCCGGAGUACUGGCCUCUGGUGAUCCCACGUCUGGUGAGCCCAUUUCUAAUGAUUGCUCCCCCGGUGAUCCCACCUCUGGUGAUUGCUCCCCUGGUGAUCCCACCUCUGGUGAUUCCCACUCUGGUGAUGCCACCUCUGGUGAUACUGCCUUAGAUGAUGCCACCCCUGGUGAUGCCAGCUCUGGUGAACUCUUCUCUGGUGAACCAGUCUCUGGCGAUUGUGCCUGUGAUGAUCCAGCCUCUGGUGACCUGGCCCCUGGAGCACUGGCCUCUGUUGAUUUGGGGUCUGGAGAAACGGCCUCUUGUGAUCAGGCCUCUGGUGAUCAGGCCUCUGGUGAUCCAGCCUCUGGUGAUCCAGCUUGUGGUGAUCUGGCCUCUGGUGAUCCUGCCUCUGGUGAUCCUGCCUCUGGUGAACUGGCCUCUGAUAAUCUGGCCACUGGUGAACUGGCCUCUAGUGAACUGACUUCUGAAUCAGCCUUUGAUCCCACCUUUGAACCAAGUUCUAUACCAGUUGGUGAACCAGUUCCUGAAACUGGCGAUGUAGAACCAAGUAGCAAUAAUGAUGAUGAUUUUCUUGAAAAAAAUGGGCAUGAUGAAAAGUUAGAGCAAAUUCAAAGUAAGGACUCAAUUGAUGAGAAAAAUAAAGCUGAUAGUAAUGUUGAUGCUAAUGAAGAAACUUUAGAAACAGAUGGUACAAUUAUUUGUUCAGAUCUACCUCCUGAAAAUGAAAAGAAGGUAGAGGAAGAUACUAUUACAGAGCUUGCUCUUAGAGAAGAGGCUAUAUCAAGCAGUAUGGAAAUUGAUCAAGGUGAAAAGAAUGAAGAUGAAAAUUCUGCAGACCUUGUAGAAACCAUUAGUGAAAGUGUUAUAAAAGAUGACAAAAAUGAGAAUAUCUUAGACAAUACUGAUUCUAUGGAAACAGAUGAAAUCAUUCCUAUUUUGGAAAAGCUUGCACCUGCUGAGGAUGAACUUACUUGCUUUUCUAAAGCUUCUCUCCUCCCAAUUGAUGAGACAAAUCCAGAUUUGGAAGAGAAAAUGGAAGGUUCUUUUGGUUCACCAUCUAAACAAGAAAGUAGUGAGAGUUUGCCGAAAGAAGCCUUUUUGGUCCUCUCUGAUGAAGAGGAUAUUUCAGGUGAAAAAGAUGAGUCUGAAGUUAUAUCACAGAAUGAAACGUGCUCUCCAGCACAAGUAGAAAGUAAUGAAAAGGACAGCAAACCUGAGGAAGAAGAACAAGUAAUACAUGAAGAAGAGGAAAGACCUUCUGAGAAAAAUGAGUUUUCCAGAAGAAAACGUUCUAAAUCAGAGGACAUGGACAAUGUACAGUCCAAACGUCGACGAUACAUGGAAGAAGAAUAUGAGGCAGAAUUUCAAGUAAAGAUUACAGCCAAAGGAGACAUUAACCAGAAGCUUCAAAAGGUUAUACAGUGGUUGCUGGAAGAAAAAUUGUGUGCGUUACAGUGUGCUGUAUUUGAUAAGACUUUGGCAGAAUUGAAAACACGAGUGGAAAAGAUUGAAUGUAACAAGAGGCAUAAAACAGUUCUUACUGAACUGCAGGCCAAGAUAGCCAGGUUAACCAAACGGUUUGGAGCAGCCAAAGAAGAUCUUAAAAAAAGACAAGAAAAUCCACCAAACCCACCUCUAUCACCAGGAAAGUCUAUAAAUGAUGUCAACAGCAAUAAUAGUAUGCCUUACAGAAAUGCAGGCACAGUGAGACAGAUGCUGGAGUCCAAAAGAAAUGUAAGCGAGAGUGCACCACCAUCCUUUCAAACUCCUAUGAAUACAGUAUCUUCAACCAAUCUUGUCACUCCUCCAACAGUUGUCAGUAGUCAACCUAAAUUGCAGACUCCAGUGACCUCGGGUUCUCUGACAACGACGACAGUUCUUCCAGCACCCAGCACAGCUACAGUAGUUGCUACUGCUCAGGUGCCUAGUGGAAAUCCCCAACCUACAAUCUCCUUACAACCUUUGCCAGUGAUUUUGCACGUACCCGUUGCGGUAUCCUCCCAGCCUCAGCUACUGCAAAGCCAUCCAGGGACUUUGGUGACAAAUCAACCAUCUGGCAAUGUUGAAUUCAUUUCUGUGCAAAGCCCACCUGCAGUGAGUGGUCUUACCAAAAAUCCAGUAUCCUUGCCAUCCUUGCCAAAUCCCACAAAACCAAACAACGUUCCUUCUGUGCCCAGUCCUAGUAUUCAGAGGAACCCUCCUGCCAGUGCUGCACCAUUAGGAACAACACUUGCUGUGCAGGCUGUUCCAACAGCACACUCUAUUGUACAAGCCACAAGGACUUCUUUACCCACAGUAGGUCCAUCAGGACUCUAUAGUCCACCAAAUAAUCGAGGUCCUAUACAGAUGAAAAUUCCAAUUUCUGCAUUUAGUACUUCAUCUCCUGCAGAACAGAACAGUACUGCCACCCCAAGAAUUGAAAACCAGACAAACAAAACAAUAGAUGCUUCUGUUAACAAGAAAGCCGCUGAUAGCACAUCACAGAGUGGAAAACCUGCUGGCAGUGAUUCAGGUGGUGUCAUUGAUCUCACAAUGGAUGAUGAAGAGAGUGCAGCUUCUCAAGACCCCAAAAAGCUAAACCACACUCCUGUAUCAACCAUGGGUUCUUCUCAGCCUGUAUCACGACCGUUGCAACCCAUACAACCAGCACCGCCUCUUCAGCCAUCUGGGGUACCAACAAGUGGACCAUCUCAGACAACUAUACACUUACUACCUACAGCUCCAACUACCGUGAAUGUAACACAUCGUCCAGUAACUCAGGUGACCACAAGACUCCCUGUACCAAGAGCUCCUGCAAACCACCAAGUAGUUUAUACAACUCUCCCAGCACCACCAGCUCAGGCUCCAUUGCGAGGAGCUGUUAUGCAGGCUCCUGCUGUUCGGCAGGUCAAUCCCCAAAAUAGUGUUACAGUUCGAGUGCCUCAAACAACUACAUAUGUUGUAAACAAUGGACUAACCUUGGGAUCAACAGGACCUCAGCUCACAGUGCAUCACCGACCACCACAAGUGCAUACUGAGCCCCCACGCCCUGUGCACCCAGCACCCUUACCAGAAGCCCCACAGCCACAGCGUCUGCCCCCAGAAGCUGCCAACACAUCUCUGCCUCAGAAGCCACACUUGAAGUUAGCACGAGUUCAGAGUCAAAAUGGCAUAGUACUGUCAUGGAGUGUCCUGGAGGUGGAUCGAAGCUGUGCCACUGUUGAUAGCUACCAUCUCUAUGCUUACCAUGAGGAACCCAGUGCCACUGUGCCCUCACAAUGGAAAAAGAUUGGGGAAGUAAAGGCACUUCCCUUGCCUAUGGCAUGUACUCUCACCCAGUUUGUAUCAGGCAGCAAAUACUACUUUGCAGUACGAGCCAAGGAUAUUUAUGGACGUUUUGGACCUUUCUGUGAUCCUCAGUCAACAGAUGUGAUCUCUUCUUCCCAGAGCAGUUAAACCUUGGAGCCUUUACUCUUCCUCUUUUAAAAGUUCCACUUUUGAUCUUGUUUUUAAUCUUGUGCAUGAUACCCAAUGUAAAAUCCACAUUGUGCAAGAUUUCUUGGACAGAUGUGUGUAUACACUACAUUUGUUUAUAACCAGAAGUAAAAUAAACUCAGCCCACAAAGCAAGAAUCUUUUCCUGGACAAUUUAAGCUUAAGGAUUUUGAAAUGUAAAUGUGUAUCUUGCUUUAGUUUUGAGGCUGGGGAAUAUGUGUGGGUGUUUGUGUGUUUUUUCCCUAUUUAUGUGUUAUUGCAUUGGAAUCUCCCAUUUUUAUUCUCAAAUUUAUCUCUUUCAGUAUGAAGUAAGUAUAUCAAAAGAUCUGAGAUAUGUAACUGGCAUGAUUCUGCUUCUAAGGGAUUUAUAAGAUCAUAGUUAAGUAAUUUAAACUGAACCUAAACAAAACACAAAGAAAUAAAUAAAAAGCAAAAUGGCUAAAUAGUUUAAAAUAGGUUAAUUUGAACACAGGAAAGGAUCUGUUCAUCUUUUCUUUUGUCUCUACUCCUGGGUUAAAUAGGUGAAAAAAGAUCUGCAAUGGCCCCUCCCUUUUCUAAUCUGGCUUACACUUUUAUUAUUUUGUGCCUUAAAAAUUAACUGCAAAAAUAAACAUGGCCAUAUGUUCGUCAUUGUUUACUCUUCCCUUUCAGCCUUUCACUCUUUAUUUCUCCUUCAUCUCUACGAUAGCACACCCCCAAAUAAUUUUUAAACCAAGGCAUGCAUAUAUUCAUACAUACGUAUAUACAUACAUAUAUAUAUUUUAUAUAUAUAUAUAUAUAUUUAUUCUCAUCUGUGGCAUCACUACAUUUAACUCCAGAAAUUUGACUUGCUAUUUUCUUCUAAAAAUAUAGAUGCUUUUAUUUUUGGUCACUAUUUAACUCUGUGUAAAGGGGACCAGGAGAAAACCAUAUUAUGUAAGAAAAUUUUCCUUCAAACCUGUUUUAGUAUCCAUGUUGAACACCGUGUUAGAGAUUAUGAAAGCAAUUCUAGUUCAUUUUACCUCCCAAAUCUAUCAAUACUAAUUCCUUAGUAUUCUUUCAAAGAAAGUAAAUAAUGAAGUUCACAAAAUAGAGUGAGCUAAAAUAUCAAGGGGAAAGUUUCAUUUCCUCUCUACUUUCAUAUCAUCCUUCCUGUUUUAACUUUUUAACUUUGUUUUUGAUGGUGCCAAGUUAAGUCCGAUUUACCCUAUGUCAGCUUUGGAUAGAAUUUAAAGUGUAUCCUUUCAGGUCAUUUUACAUAACAAUUAGAUAUAACCUCCUGUGUAUCUCUAUUCCUCUUCAAAGUUAAUAAAAUUCAGCUUAGGUCGUGGAUUUUCAAUAUGAAUGCCAGCUAUACUGAUGUCAGGUGGGUAUUUUGAGUAUAGAUAGUUUAGGACUGGAGGGCUGGGCUCUUUUAGGAAUAAGGAUGUGGUUGAGAAUAUUUUGAAAGGAAUUCAUGAAAUUUGUGAAAUAACUUUCUCUAGUUAUCUUCUCUUAUAAUAUUUGAAUUCAUAUUUUUACCUUCUCAAAAUAAAUUCGUCAUUCAUUUUCCUGGAAUUGCAGGAGGGAACGAUCCCUUUUGUUAAUGCUGUUUUGUUUCCAACUUUGAUGGCUUGUAAUAAUAGGAAGUAUUCUAGCUGUAAAGAAGCUCUCUUUAGAGACUUUUUCAUUGGUCAGUGUACUGUCAUCUUAGGUAUAAGGUUUGAUUGAUGAUGGAGAAAGCCUACAAAUUGCCAAAAAGUAAAUGCUCCAAACCUUCCUUUCACUUUCAGAAAAUGAGGCCACAGUGAGAAUAGAGUUUUCCAUGAAUCAAAUUUUCCAAUCAACUAUGUCAAUAUUGCUCAUUUUAGGAUUAAUGAUGGUGGUAAAGAAGUUGCCAAUGUCACAACAGUGAACAUUUUGAAAGGAAGGAAUUGAUGAUCUCAAUGUAUGUGAACACCUAUCUAUAUCUGCAUGUAUAUAUGUUUUUACGUGCAGCGGCUCAAUGUUGUUAUGUAUUCAAGGUCAUUCCUGUCUACAGAAUUGAAGCCCCAUGUUCAAAUAAUUCUUUAUUAGCCAUUUUUAUGGUCACAUGGUAACAAUUUGCUUAGGUAGCCUACAAAAGUUUCCCUUGAUAAACAUCUUUAUUUGUAUUUACUAAAAAAACUUUAAUAGCAUUAUAUAAUCAAGUGAGAAAGCCCACUAUAAUGAAAACAUUUCAUUGUUUUAGCCUAUAUUAUGUUUUCUGUUAAAGGAAAAAAAAUUCUCAAAUGGUAACCCUAAAAAUAGAUUAUGAUAAAAUAAGUACUUAAAAUAUUUUAUUCUAGAUGGUGGAAGGAAGGUACAAAGAGACUCUGUAAUUAUUUAAGGAAAAAGUAUAUUUAUUAUAACAUGGUCUCCUCAAAUUAGCCUGCUUUGGGAGUUAGGGGCAACAGGCUAUACUGGAUUUACUGAAAGUGUUAGGUUAUAACACUAGACUUUUAUUUGGGGCAAGUUUCAAUGUUGAUGAAUGCUGACUUUUUAUUUGGCUGUUUCCUUAGUGAGAGAGAAUGGAAGACUCAACCAGAAAUAGCUACUGAUAACAGAUUCUUUAGUAGCAGUUUACACUCUCUGUGGUUACCUUUUUAAAAAUUUAAUGGUAUCUUUUCACAAAGUAUUAAAAAUACGCUUGAUUAUCCCAUUUGGGGAAUGCACGUUUGCUACAUUUUUAGCCUGACAAUACUAAGGUAUUGCCUUAUUGGAAAUCCUGGAAACCUCUGAUAUUUCAGCCUGAAAUGUAGAAUGUUUAUGUGGCAUUUAAUCGUAAUGGUGAUGUUUGUUACUUUGCACUUUGUCAGAGUAGUUUUCACCCUGUUUUAAGUGUGAGUAAGCCUCUUUUUAAAAUUAUGUUCUUGCUGGUAAAUUUAUAAGUUGCAUACAAAGACAUCUGUUGUUAACAGUUAACUUUAUGAGGUAACUAUAUCCUUCUAUUUCUUUAGACUCACUUUUUAAAAUAUGCAGAAUACUGUGUACUAUUUAACACAGUAUAUAAAUUUAUGAGAGAAGUGGAGAAUUUUCUUCCUAGAAAAGUGAAAAUUUAUUGAGAUACUAUUUGCCUCACAGAGAGGUGUUCUUUACUCUCCCCAUCCCCAUUGCUAGAUAAUGAAUAUAUCUUGAAAAAAAUGACCUAAAAUCUUGGGUACAUCAGUCUGAAGGACUUCUUAGGCAGACUGCACCUUACAGUUCUCUUACUGCAUUGGGUAAGUGUUAACUUAGUUUUUGUUGUUUUGUUUUAAAUAUUCUCCAAAUCAUCAUUUAUGCAGCAAGGUUAGUGUUGUUAUUGUAUGGUAGCAUUUAAUUUGUUCCAUGAGUUUUCCAGUACUGUACAAGAUCAACAAAGUAAUGCCUGUGGUAUCCUCAUUUCUCACUUUUAUACACUGUGAUCUUAGCACAGUAGGGUACUGCAAAGACCUUCCAAGUGUUCUCCCUGACUUUCCUUCUUGGGCCAUUUCAGUAUCCUUAGUAUCCUAUGAUUUUUGUUGUAUGUUAUUUUAUCACUGACCUGUGGUUGGCCUGUUUUAUUCUAAUUUCUGGAAAAAACAUGUCCCAGUAUUAGAAUACUGCAAAUAACUCUACCUAAAACCAAUGUACGAUUCUACCUUCCUUACUAUUUACUGGGUAAAUGCCUUUUUUCUCUUUUAGUUUUGGGAGGCGCACACACACACACAAAUCAGAGCAAUUCUCAUGAGGAGUUUUUUAGUGUGGCAGACUUAUCUAAUUCCUGAAACUCAUUCAUCCCCUUGAGCCAGCCAAUGGGGAGGAAUACAAUAAUACAAACACAUUUUGUCUUGUCAUAUUCAAAUAAUUUUAUCAUGUUAAAAUAAGCUUUCCUUUUUUUAUUUGUAGAAUCAGCUAAGUACUUGUCAUUUAUAUUUAAAUGCUGUCUUUUGGGGGGGGGCAAAUAAGGUAACUGGGCAAUCAAACACCUUUUGGGGAUCCUGGCUUUAGUAUUUUAUCAGCCAUUUCAAAUUAAAUAUAAAAAUAAAUCCUUUGUAGGAAACUUGCACCCUGAUUUUUGUUUAUUGCAGUUCAAAGUGUAAAUAGUAAGGCGAUGUAAGACCUUCCUAAUGUCUAAUAUAAACUGGGCUUUAGCAAGUUGCCCUAUUUUUAUUAGGUUUUGAAGGUUUUUGUGGGGUUUUUCCUUUCUUUUUUAAAUGUACAAUAGAGUGGUGUCUGUAUAAGUGUUAACUGUAGUGGGGUUUUGUCCAGCAAGCCUGAAAUUUAUACUUUGAAAUAAAACUACUGGAUUUUUAACAUUC